GCCUUUUCGCCGGUGCACCGCGGCGGCCAAGAUGGCGGCGCGCACUCUCCGAGCCCUGUGCCGGCCGCGGCUGCUCGUGGCCGGCUUCUCGCGGCCGGCAGCUGCCGGGGCGGAGUUCCGGAGCGCCUACAGCCUGGACAAGCUGUACCCGCCGCGGGGGGACGGCGGCGGCGAUACCGGCAGCGCCCCGGAGCAGGAGGCCAAGCCCCCGGCCCUCGACAUCCCCAUGGACCGACUGACUGUAUCCUACUGCCGGAGCAGCGGCCCUGGUGGGCAGAACGUUAAUAAAGUGAAUACUAAGGCAGAAGUCAGGUUCCACCUGGCAUCAGCAGACUGGAUCCCAGAAGCUGUGAGACAAAGAAUGGCAUCAAUGCACAAAAACAAGAUAAACCGAGCUGGUGAGCUGAUUGUGAGCUCUGAAGAGAGUCGCUACCAAAUGAGGAAUCUGGCGAUUUGUUUAGAAAAAAUCAGAGCCAUGGUCACGGAGGCUACUGAGAAGCCGAAGGUGGUGUCUAAGGAGACUGCACAGGAGCUCAUAGCCAGGGUGGAAAAAAUGAACCGUGAACGACUGAGACAGAAAAAGAUACACUCAAAUAUAAAACAGAGCAGGAAGGCAGAUUUCGACUGAGAACAGUGGAGAUGGAAGUCCUUGGCUUCCAUUUUAAGAAAUGUUGUUGGCAACUGAAGAUGUUACUAAACUUAUGAGCUUGAUUGAAAAAAGAACUGUCAAAAAAUGUAAAUAAAAGUAAUAAACAUAUUUUGAACCUAA